AUGUUUUUAGAAUCCGAUUACAAAUCUACUAAAGCUGUAUGCUUGGAAGCUGAAAAUUUAAGACGAAUGAACCAAGAGAAAACUGAAAAUUUGGAAAACACUAUCAAUGACCUUCAGACAAUACAGCAUGAAAUCAGUAUACUACAAGAUCGCUAUGACAAAUGUAAAGAUUGUGAAAGAUUCUUGUACACUAUCAGUCCUAAUUCUUGGAAGGAGAAUUACAAUGUAAAGUAUGGUUCAAUCGAUGAAGCCCUAGCUGAAGAAGGAGAUACUGAUAUGUAUUUCAAGGAAACUGCUCAACUUUUCAUGAUUUUCAAUGAAUUAGAAGAAUAUUGCUUUACAGAUACUUUGGUUUCACAAAAGCUUGAAGAGAUGGCAGAAAGUUUAAUAAAAGAAACUGAACCGAUUGACAGGUAUUUUAGAGAGUUGAUUGUCGAAUUAGAGGAAAAGGUAUCUAGAAAGGAAGAACAUAUCAAAGCCUAUGAGAAAGAUCGCGUGGAUGCAGAGAAUUAUGCUAAAGAGAUUGUUAAAAACUCAAGUGCUAGUAAGAUACUCUCUAGCCAGGAAUACCAUGUUACAUUUGCUCAUCUUCAGGACUAUUUCAACCAGUGCUUUAAUAUCAGUAACACUUCUCUAUCAAUUUUGGAGAUGUUUCGUGCUCUAGAAGCAGAACACAAGCGACUACAAUUUGAAGAGGACUUUUUGAAUUCGGCCCGCUAUCGUGCCUUAAUUUUGGAGGUGCAUUCUGAUGAACAAGCACAGUUGUCACUAGCCAGAAGGUCGCGCAAUCUAUUAAAGCAAUUUGAUAGCAGUGCUCAGAAAUUGAUGGGCAUUUAUGAACCUUCUAAACAAACCACCACUAGAAAACUGAUGCAGAGAUCAAAGAUAAUUAUUAAUAAACGAUUAAAACCAGAAUAUAAACCUCAAAUUAAGAGUACUGAGAAACUUCUGCAGUAUUUCUUUGCUGACGAGAAUUCUUGUGAUCCAAUUGCCAAACAAAAUCUUGAUCUUGAUGCACUGAAUAAAUACUUACUAGAUGAAGAAAUCACAGAAGAUUCAGAUUUCCAUGUGAUUGACUAUUUAUGUCCAUAG